AUGGGGGAGGAGACAGCACAGGCUGGCACGACGACGAAUCGCCAGCAGCCGAGGCAGCCGCGGCGCCCGAAAGUCCUGAAGCUGGGAUCUGAUUUCUCAGGCUUGGAGACGGCGUCCGUGGCCAUGGGGCGCAUGGGUAUCAAUCAUUCUCUCGAGUUCGUCAGCGAGUCGGAUUCGGCGUGCAUGUCGAUCAUCAAAAAGAAGUACCAGCCGGCGCACACGUUCUCUGACAUAUUGGAGCGUACGGAGGAGGAAGGGACAUACGUCGACGUGCAUGCGUGGACCCCGCCUUGCCAAGACUUCGCUUCGGGCGGCAAACAGAAGGGAGUCAAGGGCUCGCGCAAGACAGGGGAUCUGAUCAAAAAGUCCAUACAGUACAUCAAGAGGAAUAAGCCCCGCGUGACCAUCUUCGAGAACGCCCCGACCUUCACAAACAAGCAGUUUAUCUACAUCCUGAAGGGCAUUGAACAAGCGCAGAAGACGCUUGGAUACGUCGUACACGUGAAUAAGCUGAACAGCAAGGACUUCGGAGUUCCCCAGACGAGGGAGCGCGUCUUCGUUGUCGGCGUGCGGCAAGACAGCGCGAUGCAUCCGUUCACGUGGCCACAGAAGCAGGCGACGCCUCCAGUGACUUCCAUCCCGGGGCCCAAGCGCGCCACCACCGACGUGGCAGGUCGGCUCCCCAGCAGCGAGCGCAGCCGGGGCAUGUGCAAGGACGCUUACAAGAAAGCAUACGAGAAGAAGGUGGACCCGCGCCUGACCCCAUUGUUGGUCGACAUCGACUGUUCCAAGAAGUUCGCCACGCACGGGGUCAACAUCGCCAGGGCGCUCACCAAAACCCGCGGCCAGGACGGGGGUCCGUGGGUCUCCAGCCGCGGGCGGCGGGCGACGCUGCAUGAGAUGAUGCGACUUCGAGGUUUCGCCAAGGGGGGCAUUCCACAGGCUGAGCUCGACUUGUCCGACCGCCAGAUCGGCGGCAUGAUUGGCAACGCGGUCAGUGUGCAUACCAUGGGCGCCAUUUUGUCUGAGGCGCUCUACAGCGCUGGGCUCACGAAGACGCGGGCUGUCAACUUCGACAAACACAGUCGGAACCCUAAUCGCAAAGCAGCUGCCGCGGCUUAUGCGCGGAUGAGGGAUCGGCAUGAGUUGGCUGCAUCGGCCUCUUCUGCUGAGCCAGGCGAGCUUCAAUGCCCCAGCGAGUCUGAUUUCCUGGACGUCGCCAAGCUCGUAACCAAGGGCGAUGAGCUUCUCAGCGCUGAGAUGAUGCGAUCGACUGCUUUGAGCGCCGCUGCCCAAGUCUUGACCCCAGGGCUCCGCUUCGUCAUCAGAGACAAAGCGCAUUCAGCCAGGAGGGUCGUGAGCAGGCCGUGGGCCGCUGACCCUUACAUCAAGGAGACAGCCAUGAUCUUCGCUUGCGGCCGAGGCUCCAUAGCACGCAUGAUUCAGAACAGCCCGCACAUCCGACAAGUGUUCGUGAACUACACGAAGAUGUGCCAGAACAAGGCCAUAAACGCCAGCAUGGCAAAAGCGUGGCUCAAGUCUGUCAACACAGAGCGGUGCUUGAUGUUGGCGAUGAUGGCCGACGCAAGUGACCAGGCAAUGCAACUCACUCGGAUUUUAGAUGACGAGUCGGCCGAUCCAGCCAUUCUCAAUCGCGAGGUGUUGGCGUUCAAUUUGUCUAUCACUGGCUUAUUUGGCAGUUCGCGCGGAUGUUUGUCUGUGUUUGGCUACACGACCAUGAUGCUGAAGCUGCUGAAGAUUCCGAUUGCCGGUGCCCCGGCGGAUAUCAUAGACAAGUGCAUCGCCAGGAUGCGCUCCUACAUCGUUCUUUCGCGAGCGGCUCUGAAGGCCGAGUUCCCAACUUUCGAAUUGGCCCAGGACAACUGGGCGAUCAACGCUUC